AUGCGAACCUGCGCCGCGGCCUUUGAAGAGGCCGCGGCCGUGCUAUAUGGCGAGAAUCAGUUCCUUUACCUGCUCCGAGACGGGGUCAACCAUGUCGCCGACGUCGUCUCCAUGGGCCAGGACGACGCCCCGCAUUCGGCCAGCGAUCUCGAGGAGGAGCCUGAAGAAGGGCGCCGGCCGGCGAUGACGACGCGCCGUGGCCGCAAGCCGCUCCAAGUGUACGACAUUAACCUCUCGCGCUACAUUUGCCGCAUGCGGCGCAUCUGCGUCGAAGCAGAGCAUAACCGCUUCGCCGACGAGGCGCAGAAACGCGCAACCAGCGCCGUCAAGAUCUUCACCGACCGCUUCGAGUGGCUACCGGACGGCUUCCGCACGCGCCUGGCCAGCAUCGAGCUGCGCGUCGUGCCUGUGUGGGAGGCGGACGUCGGCGACAGCGGCAGCGGCAGCGGCGGCUUUACGUUUCUUGACUGGUUCGACGCGGACACGGAGCUGAUGCGCGUGGUUCGCAAUCUAUCCUGCGACAAGAUGACUGUGCGGCUGCUGCCGCCGCCGCGUCGAGGAGGAGGGCGGUCGCGUCGAGGGCGCGGAUCGCGCAGUGCCGGGGAGGAGGAACAGGGGCGGACGUAUGCGUAUGAACUCAACAUGUACGACUACCAGGUGGGCAGGCUGGUCAGCGAGCAUGCCUUUAUGGAUCCGUGGCACGCGGAUGAGGCGAUGCAGCUGGGGCGCGCGGCGCGCAUGGCGGCCAUGGAGGAUGCCUUUGGCGAGCUGCGUGGCGUGCUGGAUGGCGUUUGUCGGGAUAUUGAGUAUGGCGAGCGCGGAUGCCCGAGGGUGGUGGAGGGGUCUGACGACGAUGGGGAUGGGGAGCAGGAUGGGAGUGACGGUGGGGAGGAUGGGCAAGGGGAGGAGGAGGAGGAGCUUUUUGAUGAGGAGAUUAUCGUGGAGCAGGAUGAUGAGAAUGAUGGGGAUUACGAGGACUAA